AUGACAGCCGCAAUCCGCAAAUUGCGGAAUAAUCCCCAUUUCCUUUUCGUGCAUUUACCGCACAUCCUCUCGUUUCUAUGCGUCCUCGCUGGAGUCGUCUGGCUUCUCCUCCUCCCCCUCAAUGACUACUCCCGUCGAACGUACAUCUCCGAAAACGCGCUUCUUCCCGGCCAAGUCCAUGCCUAUUUCUCCGGCAGUGAGCAGAACAUCUUUCGCGGAUACAGGAAGGAGCUAGAGGGUCUUUUACCCAAUGGAGCUCCAGGGGAGGGACCGGAAAGGAAUGAUAUUGAAUUGACGCCGGAGAUCUCGGAUAAGAUACAGUCGGUUCUCAGAGCUUCCGGCUUGAAAGUCGCGACGCAGAAAUACGAAUACACUUCCGCGGGGAUCACGCAUCAGGGACAGAACGUUUAUGCCAUCAUUCAGGCGCCGCGGGGCGAUGCGACGGAGGCAAUUGUGCUGGUUACGGCUUGGAAGACAGCUGAUGGGGAACUGAAUCUGAAUGGCGUUACCCUUGCGCUGACGCUGGCAAGAUACUUCAAACGAUGGUCUCUAUGGUCGAAAGAUAUCAUAUUCCUGAUCACGCCUGACAGCAAAUCGGGGACGCAAGCGUGGAUUGACGCAUACCAUGACAUGCAGCCGCCAUCUGUCCAGCCGCUGCCGUUGAAGAGUGGUGCAUUGCAGGGAGGUCUGGUGGUGGAAUAUCCCUUUGAUCAUCGGUUUGAAUCGCUACAUAUUGUCUACGACGGUGUCAAUGGCCAAUUGCCGAAUCUGGAUUUGAUCAAUACGGCCGUGUCAAUUGCCGGUGGUCAAAUGGGUAUCGACGCCAAUUUGCAGGAGAUGUGGGACCACAAUGAUAGCUACGAAGCGCGUCUGCAAACUAUCUUGAGAGGCAUGGCUAAGCAGGGUUUCGGGUACGCCACUGGAGCGCACAGUAGCUUCAUGCCGUACCAUAUUGAUGCUAUCACACUGCAAACGAAAGGAGAUGGCUGGCAGGAUGAAAUGGCCUUGGGCCGCACCGUGGAGAGUCUCUGUCGCAGCUUGAACAACCUCCUGGAACAUUUGCACCAGAGUUUCUUCUUCUAUCUGCUUAUGCAGACCAACCGGUUUGUCAGUAUCGGCACGUAUCUGCCCAGCGCGAUGCUGAUCGCUGGCAACUUUACAAUCAUGGCUAUUGCCCUGUGGCUACGGACUGGUUACUACAUGGGCUCUAAGCCUCAGCCUUCAGUCCAAACAGGUGCUUCCCAGGAUGAGAAAAAGGAACAAGCAGCAAGCUCCCAGGACAAGAACAAAACGGAGGCGACAAGUGUGGAACAAAAGAGUGACGCCAACAGCAUCAUCGAACGACAGCUGGCACUCCCACUCAGCUUUGUUGUCGGCCUUCAUCUAUUGGGCCUGGUUCCUCUGUUCAUCUUCAACAAUCUUUCCCACAAGGUCAGUCACAUCUUCCCAUCAUCACCAUCCUAUAUUCUCUGA